UUUGUUGCAUAUUUUUUAAAAACUUUGUCAUAUUUUGAGGGAAAACAACAAAAUAAAGUUGUCUAUUUUGGAAAAUGAGGUUGGGGGAGGUAUAAUACUGUGGGGAAAAAAAUUAAUAUUAUGGAAAAAAACAGCUGGAAUUUUAGGAGAAUAAAGUAAAAAAAUAAUAAUAAUUUUAGUAGCACAGAGUUUAGAUAUUAUAUAGAUAUUAUAUUUUAUAUAUUAAGUUGUAACAUUAGAAACAAACAAAACAAUGAAGGUUUCAUUUUUGAAAAGAGAAGUCAAACAAAUGCACAAUUUUACCAGAAUACGCUCUUUUUUUAGUCAUAAUAUUAUGAGAACAAAGUUGAAAUUUUACGGGAAUAAACUGGUAGUAUUAUGAGGAAAAAUGAUUUUAAGUUAUUCAAGUUUGUAAUAUUUUGUGAAAAAAAAAUCAGUUUGAGGAAAAGGGUAUAAUAUUACAGGAAUAAAGUGAGAAUUAUGAGAAGAAAAUGAACAAGAAAUGAAAAUAGUUGGAAACAAAUAUUGCAACAUUUGGUUGGUCCAAAUCAUAUACUUAAUUUGCAUUGCCGCCAUCGUCCAAAGGGGACAAUACCAGAGGAAACGCCUCUUUCUGCUAUGCGUGUGUGUGUGUGUGUGCAUGUGAGAGAGGGAGAGAGAGAGAGAGAGGGCGAGCGACCUCCAACUUCUACUUUGGCUUGAACUCCAGCUUGUCAUCACAGAGACGUGGAAUCCAUCUUUUUUCUGUCCCUGCUGGCGCUUUUGGACGAAUACUGUUUUUUUACGGUUAGACGUGGACUUAUGAUGGAGAAUUAAAAUGGUGAGGAAGAAAAAAGGGCUGGUGUUUGAUUGUGGAAGCAUGUUACGGGAUGGAUCAUCAACAGCAAAGAUCGAGCAUGGCCUCCAGUGACCCCGACCUCGCCGACUCCCCCGCCGACCCCCAACCCGGUGACCUCAUUGAGAUAUUCCGACCGGCCUAUCAGCAUUGGGCGCUCUAUUUGGGCGACGGUUACAUCAUCAACCUGACACCCGUUGACGAGAGCCAGGCCGCCGCCAUGUCCAGCGUGAAGUCCGUGUUCAGCCGGAAGGCGGUGGUGCGCAUGCAGCUUUUGAAGGAAGUGGUGGGCGGGGACUCGUACCGCGUCAACAACAAGUACGACCACAACCACACGCCGCUGCCGGUCUGCGAGAUCAUCCAACGAGCGCAAGUCCUGAUUGGCCAGGAGGUGUCGUACGACCUGCUGGGGAGUAACUGCGAGCAUUUUGUCACCUUGCUGCGCUACGGCGAGGGAGUGUCUGAGCAGGCUACAAGGGCCAUCGGGGCCAUCAGUUUGGUGACAGCAGCAGCGAGUGCCUUCUCUGUGCUGGGACUGAUAAACACUCGAUCCAGGAACAGGCCCUUCUAACAUCCAAGGGAUCCUGGAGAUGUUUUCCAACCGGGCUUCAGGAAAUCCUGGAAAGUCGGCAGUCAAAAUGCAUCAUUAAUAAAAUAAAUAUGAAAA